CAACGAUCGCGCACUUGGCUCUUUUGUGCAAUUGUAGUUAUUAGAUUUGUUCUGGUAUUUCUUUAUCAAUAUCACGCUUCAAACAAAAUUUUUCUUUAUUGAAAAAAGCUUGUUUGAAUAAGAUAUUUCAAAAAUUGAUCGAACCGAGGAAGAAUGUAAUUUGAAAGGUUUACCACCCUGGAUGUAUCUAUAUUCAUUUUUUGCGUAUAGUUUACUGAUGAGUUCAGAUAUGUGGUGAUUGGGCGAUCUGUCAGAAAGAUUAUUUAACAGUUCGCUAUAAAUUGGUUCAGAAUUGAAUUUUUUAAUUCUGCAAUCGUAUUGUGGAUUAUAAAUUUCCUUCUGUCACUUGUAAGAUGGCCUUAACAAAUAUCUUACUUCUCAGUCAAAUAUCUGGAUAUGUAGUUGCUCUUAUUUUGUCACUUUGUAUUAUUAUACCUAUGAGUUUACAUCAGGAUGAAUUUAGAGGACAUUGUCUGUUAUUCUCGACAGGAACUUGGCAAGAGACAGAUGGUCAGUUUGUAGUAAACUGGGCUCGACAAGCUUAUUGUAACUAUACAAUAUUUGUUGGUUUGGUGUUGCUAAUAACAUCCGCGAUACAAAUCUAUCGACUUUCUAUAUUUAUGUACCGUGGAGAGGAUAGUUCCUUUCUGUCUGCAUUCAUAGAUGUUGUCAGUUCAAUAAUUCUUACAAUAAUCACAUUGGUUGCUGCAAUCAUUAUUACGCUUGGGUUUAUGACCUGGUGCCAAUGUAUGACAAAAAGAUUUCCAUCGUGUGAAUUAGCAGCUGGAAAUGAUAUUGAUAAAGCUGAUGGAAUAGAUACAUCUGGUUUUCACAUUGAAUUAGGAGCAGCCCAAUUUGGAACUUGGACUAGUUUAUCAAUUUGGGUUGGUUUAUCAGUAUUUGCAGUAUUAAAAUUAUUGAGAUAUCAUCAAUUAGAAAAUAUGAAAGUUUCAAUGUAUAGAGAAAGACAAAGAUUAAUAGAAGCUGCCAGAAGCAAUGAAAUUCAAGAAUCAACAUAGAAAUGCGAAUGAAAAUGUAAAAUUUAAUGUUAAGAUAGUAGUAUUUUUUUAUCUAACUAACUCUUCUGAAGAAAUAUUUAUAUCUUAUGAAAUCAGUUUUCCAAACGCACACUUUAUAAUGGAUAUAAUUAAAGUAACAUAUCUUGACCUAAAAUAACUUUGCUAUUUAUUAAAUACUCUAAUGACUAUAAUCAUU